AUGGAAUCAAAGUUUUUUUUAUUUAUUUGUAUUUUCUGCUGUUUGUUUGCUGUUGUGUCACCUCCAUUGAAUUUUCAUGAGCUGAUAUUUUUUUUUUUCUUUUCUUUUUCAUGUCUCUUCCCCAGUACGCACUUCUGGGGACCAGUUGCAAAUUGGGGUCUUCCAAUCGCUGCAAUUUCUGACAUCAGAAAGAACCCAGAAUAUAUCAGUGGCAAAAUGACAACAGCACUUACCAUUUAUUCAAUGCUUUUCAUGCGGUUUGCCUUGAAAGUCCAGCCACGAAACAUGCUGCUUUUUGCUUGCCACAUUACAAAUGUCUCUGCCCAGCUAACUCAAGGUGCCAGAUUCAUUAAUUAUUAUUACAUUUCUGAUAAUGCUUCAAAAACACAGAUCAAUUUUCAACAAUAUAAUAUCUAUCUAUCUAUCUAUCUAUCUAUCUAUCUAUCUAUCUAUCUAUAG